AUGGCUUCCGACAAAAAGAAAUCACACAAGAGAAGAUCCACUAAUAACAACGAUGAUAUUCAACAAACAACUUCAAGCUCUAUAAGUAAUGAUAAUAACAACAACACCAACACCACAAACGACGAGCCCCCUCCAAAGCGGGCACGCAUAUUUCUGAAAAUUCAAAAUGACAAUGCAGAGAUUGAAAUUGGUGACAAUAGUGGUGUCACAUCAAUGGAUAUCGACGAUGCACCUACUAUAUCACAGAAUGCGAUUACACCUUCACCAUCCACACCAUCGAAUGCUACUACUUCCACUAAACAACCCAUGAAAUUGAAGAUAAAAUUUUCUACUAGUGCAGCAUUGUCCUCCUCAACAGCAACGGAAUCCUCUUCAAUAGCACCGGCGGCUGUUGCGACGACGUCGUCAACAACGGUACCGUCAGUUGAAUCGCCGUCUAAUAAUAAAGAAAAAAUCUCUAAAUCUAAACCAAAGAAACCAGCACCCGAAGUUCCAGCACAACCCGUCGAGGAGAUAGUUCAAAUGAUAACCAGAAGACAAGCAUCUUUGAUGUCUGGAACACCUAAAUCGACAUCAUCAAAAUCUCCCAAGAAAGCUCCUGCUGCUAAAAAGGCAUCGAAAAUCAUUGCACCUGAAUUACUUGACGAGCCAUCAAUUAUUACGCGUGGUCAAGCUGCCAAAUCUUUAGCAUCGUCAGUUUCUGGAUCUAAUGGCGGUAGAAAAGAUGCAUCUCCAGAAGUCAGUUUUGCUUCUACUCCUUCAAAGUCAAAAUCCACCGAUAUUAAGACAAAAGCUGAAGCAGGAUCAUCAUCAUCUGCUGUUGCUUCUCCAACUGCGAAACCAAAAACUACGAGUACUAGAAAAAUCACUACUCCGAAAAAACGCGUUCCUGUCAUCCCGAAACGGAAAUAUGAAUUUAAAGCAGUAAUGCUAAAAAUAUUGGAAGGAUGCGAAAAAAAAGAUCCCUACGGAGACUUCAUUGAGCCGGUUGACACUGCUGCAGUUCCUGAUUACCUUGAUAUUAUCAAGAAUCCGAUGGACUUUACUACUAUCAGGCAUAAAAUAGAAGACAACAAGUACUUGGAUAUUGAUAAAUUCAAGGAUGAUUUACUGUUAGUGGCGAAUAAUGCAAUGACUUAUAAUCCAAAGGGAACUCGCUGGUAUAAGAAUGCUGAGAGGAUUUAUAACUUUGUUAUUAAGGCAGUCGAGAGAGAUAAAUUGAAUAUUGAGAAAGAAGAGGCGAAAAUCAAGGAAUUACAAGCUGUACCCACUAAUGCGCAAAAGAAUAGAGUCAUUCCCUCGUCGUCUAGCGUUGCACUUGGAGGCAAAGGGAAAUCAGCUGCAUAUGGACCAAGAAAAACUACAAGAAAAAGAAAGCGUACAGGAAAAUAUGAGUUAGACGGCUCACUUAUUCCUCGUCCAGAAAUUCUUGAGGAGAUUGAUCUUAACCCACCAUAUUUUGGAGAACCACCCGAAUUAACAGUUAUUGGACAAUUUGCGGGUGCUAACCCUACACGGCCUGCCGGGUUCUUGGAUUACGGACCAUACGCAACUCUCGGACCUGGCGUUUACCAUACGCAGGAUACCUUCAAUUACUAUAUGAGAGGUCUUUUGGGUGAUGUUGGCAUCGCAUACACAUCAAGCAUUCAGAAUUUCAUGCAAAAUAUGGACGAUGAAAUAAAGGCGGAUAUUAAUAGUCGUCUUGACAAUAUCUCACUCGGAGCAUUCUCAAUCGAUAAUGCUGUCAAUAAUUUGAUACCAAAUAAAGAUCAUAUCCAAGGGGAAGUUAAAAUUAAUACACCACAAGGAGAAAUUGAUGUUGUUCAAGAGAUUGAGAACAUUAAAAAACGCAAGGCGGACGAGGAGUUACGAAAAGCGGCAGAACAGGUUCUCUUAGAGGCGGAUUUCUUGCGAGGAUCUCGAAAUGCUGCCUUAGCUGCAAGCAUUGCUAGUGAAAGUAUCGAAAGCUCUUUAGAAAAGAAUAAAAACUUGCUGAAAGACAUCAUUGAACUGAGGAAAGGAGCAUCAGUGGCUGUUGCUGGAAAGGAAGAGCAACUCGUGGAAGAAGCGAGAGAACGGCUUAUACAAGCUACGCAACAAUACAACAUAAUAUCAACUACUUCGCGGGUUCAGUCGAUGCCACAUGUGGCCUCAACACAAUCAUUCACAGCAAACAAAGGUGCGGCGUUGCUGGCACCAACUGUCUUUGGCUUUGGCACUAGCGGGCAGGCCAGCAACCCGCCUCCUGUUCUUCCAACAUUGGCGGCAGGAAGAGAGCUUCCCCUUUUAACUGCGGCGGGUGCUCACGCAAGUAUCCCGCGCACUGGCAGACAACGUGCCCAGUCCACAGGAGCACGAUGUGCCAACUGUGGUACAUCAGAUACGCCAGGUUGGCGAGCCGGUGAAACUCCCGAGCAAAAGCUUUGCAAUGCGUGUGGAUUGUACUAUGCGAAGAAUCGGUCACACAGACCGUCUAAUCUUUGGACCAACAAACAUUGA